CCAACUAUCAGCUUAGCCACAGUCUUCAAUAUCACUUUAUCUAUUGUCUCUCUGUCUGCCCCUCCAACCACCACACCCAAGAAGUGAACCUCCAUAUCUUCCAUUUCUUCUUCGACAACACUCUAUAAUAUCCUCACCGACCAUCAUACUUCAAAUCACACUCGCUUCUUUUUGGCCAGAUACGCGAAAAUAGUAUACCAAAAUUACGAAUAUACCGAAAACGACAUCAUGGGCGCCAAGGUACCGCGGAAUUUCCGGCUCCUUGAGGAGCUCGAGAAGGGUGAAAAGGGUCUUGGAGCAGAGGCGUGCUCGUAUGGGUUGAACGAUGCCGAAGAUCUUCUCAUGUCCGACUGGAACGGUACCAUUCUCGGACCUCCUCACAGUGUUCACGAGAACCGCAUCUACUCGGUCAAGAUGCACUGCGGCCCCGAAUACCCCGACAAGCCCCCCGCCAUCCAGUUCGUCAGCCAGGUCAACCUGCCCUGCGUCAACCCCACCAACGGCAAGGUGGACCCGAAGCAGCUCCCGUGCCUGGCGCAGUGGAAGCGGGACUACACCAUGGAGACGGCCCUCAUAGAGCUGAGGCGGUACAUGGCUGCCCCCUCGAACAAGAAGAUUCCCCAGCCGCCCGAGGGCAGCGUAUACGAGAACGUGUAGGCCAGGUCGUAUUGGCCGGUUCGGUGUCAGGUCUGAUGAUGCUUCCCGAGCCUGGGCCGUGGAGUACUAGAAGUGGGAAGUGGUGGGUGUGACAUCUAUUGCCCCGUGGGGGGCAUGCGAGGAAAGACAAUGGACACGGUAGGGAUGGGAUUUGGUCUGUUAGCGUAUUCUUUUUGAUCUCCGUCUCCUGUCUUUUCUUCUUCUUCUUCUUCUUCUUCUAUCAUCUCGGGGUCAUGAAACAAUGUUACGCAUGGUGUCCGUUCUUUUGGUGCAGCGCCGAGUGUUGUAUGUGACUGUCGUGACUUCAUUGUCCCCAUGCCUGGCCAC